AUGAUUCGCUCAACCCUUGCAAGAUCUUUGAAAGCGGCCUGCGUGGCUCAGCCUCGUCUGUCCGCCUCUCGCAUCGCACCUUCGCGAGCUCUGCCCUGCAUCGCACCAACUUCCACCGUGAGGUUCUUGCAAGCGAGCGCCGUAGCUCGCGGUUCCGGCUCUACAGAUAGCGAGCUCUCUUCUCGACUUGCGCAAGAGAUCACCUACGAGCGCGAGUCUGCAGCCGCAGGAAGCGAGGGUGAAGGCUCAGAGUCAGCUUCUGAAGAGCCGGAAUUCGUCAAGGAUUUCAAAGCUGCUGGCGUUUGGCGCAUUCAGGACGUGGCUGGAUCGGACGAGAUCGCUCUUACUAGAGAGUACGGCAAUGAACAUAUUCGUGUCCUCUUUAGCAUCGGUGACAUCGACACGAGCGAGAAUGAUUUUGAGGAGGAGGAAGGAAGCGAGGAGGAACAGGAAGCUGGUUUCCCCGUGCGAUGCGCCAUUACAAUCUCCAAGGAGGGCAAGGGUGCUCUAACCCUCGACGCUCAGGCGGAGGAUGGACAAUUCACGGUGGAGAAUAUCAGCUACUACAAGGACGCCAAGCUGGCCACCGACCUCUCUGCCGACGCAGACUGGGCCAGGCGUGGAUUGUACAUUGGACCUCAGUUCGAGACGUUGGAUGAGAAUGUCCAGGCUCAAUUUGAGGCAUUCUUAAACGAGCGCGGCAUCGACUCUGAUCUCGCCCGCUUCGUGCCCGACUUUGCUGAGCUGAAGGAGCAGAAAGAGUACUGCUCUUGGCUGGAGAACGUCAAGGCUUUUGUAGAUGCUUGAUGUGAUGGCGCUUUGAUGUGAAAGCCAAGGUGGAUACGCGAUUCGCAAUGAAAGUGCAGAUUCAAGCGGGUCUCGAGAUACGGAGCCUACGCAAGAUUCGGUUCGGAUCGCUCUGGCAUUCAUCAACCACUUCUCAUUACAAUGGCUGAAUGACCCUUUGUCGACGUUUUGUUUGAAACCAAGUCUGAACGUGUGUGUGACAUGUGGCCCGCAGGGUCAUCC